GACUCUAAGCAGGGCGAUGAUUUGAAUUUGCUCAAAAUCGAAUUGAAAAAUAAGAUAAAGGAUGAUCUUGAAAAAGGUCUUUCGUCCAGUCUGAGUCGAUUUGAAAAGGCUUCGCAAGAAGAGCGAGGAGAAUUCCGCGCAGAGAUUAUGCGAAUGGUGGAAAAUCGAGUUGUCUCGCUUUUUGCAAGUCAUUUGGCGGAAAGGGGUGACACUCACGCGAAAUCAAGUGUGAGUUCGAUUCCUGGAUUAUCUGAAUCCGAUUUCUUGAUUAUCAAACGAAUGAUCACCGACGCACUGGACAAAUACGAUGCCGAUAAAACCGGCAAAGUGGACUACGCAUUAGAAAGUGCAGAGCGUUACAAAGAAAAUUCUCGCCUCGAAUCAAUUUUCGGUAUUCCGUUAUGGUACUCCUCAUAUUCACCGAGAGCAGUCAUUCAGCAUCGUCCUCUGGCAGCCGGUGAGUGCUGGGCUUUUCGCGGCAAGGGAUAUCUGACGAUCAAGUUAUCACAUCCAAUUUACGUUACUGAAGUGAGCUACGAGCACAUGCAUUCCACGCUACAUCCUGAAGGCGUCCUGAGAAGCGCUCCCAAACAUUUCCAGAUUUAUGUUAGUUUUCUUCUACUGUUGCAACAAGUACCUCCCACACAGUUUUUUUUUUUUGAAUUUAAUUAUCCUGCUGGAUGUUGA